AUGGGACGUCCAAACGUCAACCUUCAACUAACCUCAAUUAUCAAUGGAAAAUAUAUCGCUUGUCGUAAACUUGGAGAAGGCGGAUGUGGAGUGAUUUACGAAGUGGCUCUCAUAGCAGCACCUCAUCGACGCUUCGCUUGCAAGGCAGAAGAUCAAGAUGGUGGCCGAGAAGAGGAGAUCCUGAAAAUGGAAGAGAAAGUCAUGCGGAAGAUCAACGAAACCAGAACUAUGCACUGUCCGCAGUUCAUCGAAAGUGGAAAGGUGGCAGUUAUACGAUUUGGAAAUGAGCAGGUUGGUGAUGGGAGGGGUUACGAGAGCAUUUUCAAAGUUGCCUGGUGA